GGCGGGCCGAGGCGCCCGGCACUUCCUGCCGCCGCCAUUUUGUCAAGUGAGGAGGAGGAGGAGGAGGAAGCGGCCGUCGCGGGGCCCGCGGCGCGCCCGGCCCCGAGUGCCCAGUGAAGAAUGUGAUGGGAUCAGUAGCAUGUCUGCGGAGAGCGGCCCUGGGACGAGAUUGAGAAAUCUGCCAGUAAUGGGGGAUGGACUAGAAACUACCCAAAUGUCUACAACGCAGGCCCAGGCCCAACCCCAGCAAGCCAACGCAGCCAGCACCAACCCCCCACCCCCAGAGACCUCCAACCCCAACAAGCCCAAGAGGCAGACGAACCAACUGCAAUAUCUGCUCAAAGUGGUGCUCAAGACACUAUGGAAACACCAGUUUGCGUGGCCUUUCCAGCAGCCUGUGGACGCCGUCAAGCUAAACCUCCCUGAUUACUAUAAAAUCAUUAAAACACCUAUGGAUAUGGGAACAAUAAAGAAGCGCUUGGAAAACAACUAUUACUGGAAUGCUCAGGAAUGUAUCCAGGACUUCAACACUAUGUUUACAAAUUGUUACAUCUACAACAAGCCUGGAGAUGACAUAGUCUUAAUGGCAGAAGCUCUGGAGAAGCUCUUCUUGCAGAAAAUCAAUGAACUGCCCACUGAAGAAACCGAGAUCAUGAUAGUCCAGGCAAAAGGAAGAGGACGUGGGAGGAAGGAAGCAGGGACGGCAAAACCUGGCGUCUCUACGGUACCAAACACAACGCAGGCAUCGACUCCUCCGCAGACCCAGACCCCCCAGCAGAACCCUCCGCCCGUGCAGACCACACCUCACCCCUUCCCCGCGGUCACCCCAGACCUCAUCGUCCAGACCCCCGUCAUGACAGUGGUGCCUCCCCAGCCACUGCAGACACCCCCACCGGUGCCCCCGCAACCACCACCCCCACCCGCGCCAAACCCCCAGCCUGUGCAGAGCCACCCGCCCAUCAUCGCGGCCACCCCACAGCCUGUGAAGACAAAGAAGGGAGUUAAGAGGAAAGCGGAUACCACCACCCCCACCACCAUCGACCCCAUUCAUGAACCACCAUCACUACCCCCGGAGCCUAAGACCACCAAGCUGGGCCCCCGGCGGGAGAGUAGCCGGCCUGUGAAGCCCCCCAAAAAGGAUGUGCCCGACUCACAGCAGCACCCAGUGCCAGAUAAGAGCAGCAAGGUCUCGGAGCAGCUGAAGUGCUGCAGUGGUAUCCUCAAGGAGAUGUUUGCCAAGAAGCACGCAGCCUAUGCCUGGCCAUUCUACAAGCCCGUGGAUGUGGAGGCGCUGGGUCUGCACGACUACUGUGACAUCAUCAAGCACCCCAUGGACAUGAGCACAAUCAAGUCUAAACUGGAGGCCCGUGAGUACCGUGAUGCUCAGGAAUUUGGUGCUGAUGUCCGAUUGAUGUUCUCCAACUGCUACAAGUACAACCCUCCUGACCAUGAGGUGGUGGCCAUGGCCCGCAAGCUCCAGGAUGUGUUCGAGAUGCGCUUUGCCAAGAUGCCAGAUGAGCCAGAGGAGCCUGUGGUGGCCGUGUCCUCCCCGGCGGUGCCACCCCCCACCAAAGUAGUGGCCCCACCCUCGUCCAGCGACAGCAGCAGUGACAGCUCCUCUGACAGUGACAGCUCCACCGAUGACUCUGAAGAGGAGCGAGCCCAGCGGCUGGCAGAGCUCCAGGAGCAGCUCAAAGCCGUGCACGAGCAGCUUGCAGCCCUCUCCCAGCCCCAGCAGAACAAACCAAAGAAAAAGGAGAAAGACAAAAAAGAAAAGAAAAAGGAAAAGCACAAAAAGAAAGAGGAAGUGGAGGAGAAUAAGAAGAGCAAAGCCAAGGAACUUCCUCCCAAAAAGACCAAGAAAAAUAACAGCAGCAACAGCAAUGUGAGCAAGAAGGAGCCAGCGCCCAUGAAGAGCAAGCCCCCCCCUGCGUAUGAGUCAGAGGAGGAAGACAAGUGCAAGCCCAUGUCGUAUGAGGAGAAGCGGCAACUCAGCCUGGACAUCAACAAGCUCCCUGGCGAGAAGCUGGGCCGUGUGGUGCACAUCAUCCAGUCUCGGGAGCCCUCCCUCAAGAACUCCAACCCUGAUGAGAUCGAGAUCGACUUUGAGACUCUGAAGCCGUCCACCCUGCGAGAACUGGAGCGCUAUGUAACCUCUUGUUUGCGGAAGAAAAGGAAACCCCAAGCUGAGAAAGUUGAUGUGAUUGCUGGCUCCUCCAAGAUGAAGGGCUUCUCAUCCUCGGAGUCGGAGAGUACCAGCGAGUCCAGCUCCUCUGACAGCGAAGACUCCGAAACAGAGAUGGCUCCGAAGUCAAAAAAGAAGGGGCACCCCGGGAGGGAGCAGAAGAAGCACCAUCACCACCACCAUCAGCAGAUGCAGCAGGCCCCAGCCCCCGUGCCCCAGCAGCCCCCGCCGCCUCCCCAGCAGCCCCCGCCGCCUCCACCGCAGCAGCAGCAGCAACAGCAGCAGCAGCAGCAGCAGCCCCCGCCCCCGCCGCCUCCGCCCUCCAUGCCGCCGCAGGCGGCCCCCACGAUGAAAUCCUCGCCUCCGCCCUUCAUCGCCGCCCAGGUGCCUGUCCUGGAGCCCCAGCUCCCAGGCAGCGUCUUCGACCCCAUUGGCCACUUCACCCAGCCCAUCCUGCACCUGCCGCAGCCUGAGCUGCCCCCCCACCUGCCCCAGCCGCCCGAGCACAGCACUCCACCUCAUCUCAACCAGCACUCGGUGGUCUCUCCUCCAGCUUUGCACAACGCGCUGCCCCAGCAGCCAUCACGGCCCAGCAACCGCGCCGCCGCCCUGCCCCCCAAGCCUGCCCGGCCCCCGGCCGUGUCACCUGCCCUGGCCCAGCCACCCCUUCUCCCACAGCCCCCCAUGGCUCAGCCCCCCCAAGUGCUGUUGCAGGAGGACGAAGAGCCACCCGCCCCACCCCUCACCUCCAUGCAGAUGCAGCUUUACCUGCAGCAGCUGCAGAAGGUGCAGCCCCCCACACCACUACUCCCUUCCGUGAAGGUGCAGUCCCAGCCCCCACCCCCCCGGCCCCCCCCACCCCACCCCUCAGUGCAGCAGCAGCUACAGCAGCAGCCACCGCCGCCGCCCCCCCCGCCACAGCCGCCACCCCAGCAGCAGCACCAGCCCCCCCCACGGCCUGUGCACAUGCAGCCCAUGCAGUUCCCUACCCACAUCCAGCAGCCCCCGCCACCCCCGGGCCAGCAGCCCCCACACCCGCCCCCUGGCCAGCAGCCACCGCCACCACAGCCCGCCAAACCUCAGCAGGUCAUCCAGCAUCACCCUUCACCCCGGCACCACAAGUCGGACCCCUAUUCAACCGGUCACCUCCGCGAAGCCCCCUCCCCGCUUAUGAUACAUUCCCCCCAGAUGCCACCGUUCCAGAGCCUAACCCACCAGUCACCACCCCAGCAAAACGUUCAGCCUAAGAAGCAGGUAAAGGGCAGGGCUGGGCCACAGCCCCCAGGGCCAGGUGUGGGCCGGUGCCAGAGGCACCCACCUGCCUCACCGGCCACUGUGCCUGUGCCAUCCCAGGAGCUGCGUGCGGCCUCUGUGGUCCAGCCCCAGCCCCUGGUGGUGGUGAAGGAGGAGAAGAUCCACUCACCCAUCAUUCGCAGCGAGCCUUUCAGCCCCUCACUGCGGCCAGAGCCCCCUAAACACCCAGAGAGCAUCAAGGCACCCGUUCACCUGCCCCAACGGCCUGAGAUGAAGCCUGUGGAUGUCGGGAGGCCUGUGAUCCGGCCCCCUGAGCAGAAUGCGCCCCCACCAGGGGCCUCCGACAAGGACAAACAGAAACAGGAGCCGAAGACGCCAGUUGCACCCAAAAAGGACUUGAAAAUCAAGAACAUGGGCUCUUGGGCUAGCUUGGUGCAGAAGCAUCCCACCACCCCGUCCUCCACAGCCAAGUCCUCGAGUGACAGCUUUGAGCAGUUCCGCCGUGCCGCCAGGGAGAAGGAGGAGCGCGAGAAGGCCCUGAAGGCACAGGCCGAGCACGCAGAGAAGGAGAAGGAGCGGCUUCGGCAGGAGCGCAUGAGGAGCCGAGAGGAUGAGGACGCGCUGGAGCAGGCCCGGCGGGCCCACGAGGAGGCACGGCGGCGCCAGGAGCAGCAGCAGCAGCAGCAGCGGCAGGAGCAGCAGCAGCAGCAGCAGCAGCAGGCCGCUGCCGUGGCCGCCGCCGCAGCCCCCCAGGCCCAGAGCUCCCAGCCCCAGUCCAUGCUGGACCAGCAGAGGGAGUUGGCCCGAAAGCGGGAGCAGGAGCGGAGGCGCCGGGAGGCGAUGGCAGCUACCAUUGACAUGAAUUUCCAGAGUGAUCUAUUGUCAAUAUUUGAAGAAAAUCUUUUCUGAGAGCACCUAGGUGACUUCUGACUUUGAUUUUCUGGCGAAACGUUGACUCUCCAUAGUGUUAGGGCGGCAGUGGAGGCGGUAGCAGCGGCAAGGGGGUGGCUCCGGGCCUGGCCCUCCUGCAUGCUGUGCCCAGGGCAGGCCUGACGGGCAGCUGAGGAUCGCAGAGCCUGUCUGCCUUACAGCCAGCCGGACGUCCCGCCACCCACCACCCCCCUCGCAGGACGUCGGCUCAGAGCACGCCUCUCCACGAGCAAGUGCUGGCCAGACCCAAGCCGCGCGUCCCUGCGUGCGGGGCAGAGGUCCUGCUCUCCGCCAAAUGUCUACACAGUAUACACAGGACAUUGUUGCUGCCGCCACCGUGACUGGUUUUCUGUCCCUGAGAACGUGACGUUCGUGACGUCCUGCCCACCAGGAGUCCUUCCCCUACACCCCAGCCACCACCGCCCGCUCCCAGGAGGCCAGGGCAGGCCCGAGCGAGCUGGAGGCGGGCGAGGGCGCCGGCCCACCCCCUUGCUGGCACUGACUUUGCCUUGAACAGACCCCACCCCUCCCCUCCCCCACAAGCCUUUAAUUGAGAGCCGCUCUCUGUAAGUGUUCGCUUGUGCAAAAGGGAAUAGUGCCGUGGAGGUGUGUGUGUGUCCAUGGCAAUUUGGAGCAAGGUGACUGUCACACGCGCGUGUGUGGGCCGGCCUCGCCCAGUGAGUGAGGCCACCAACCAAAGUCAGUUCCUUCCCACCUGUGUUUCUGGGUUUUUUUUUUUUUUUUUUCUAUAUAUAUAUUUUUUGUUGGAUUCUAUUUUAUUUUUAAUUCUCUCUUCUCCUCCAGACACAAUGGCACUGCUUAUCUCCGAAAUGGUGUGAUCGUCUCCUCAUUGAGCGGCGGCUGCCACCGCGCUGUGGGUAGUGUGUGACCGUGGCUGUACUGUGUAGUGAACAUAGUUGGCAUAUCUUUGUUUGAAGUUUGUUGGUGACUCCACCAAACUGGUGUAAAAAAACUCAAAAAAAAAAACCCACAAAAAACAACAAAACACACAAAACACAAAAAAAAACUGCCUAUAUUUUACUCAGUUUCAAACUUUAUUAGUCUGUUUUUAAUUAUAAACCAUGUUUUCUUUUUCCCUCCCCCCCGUUUGUUUUUAAUGUCAAAUCUGUUUGAGUUGUGUUUUUUUUUUUGUUUUUUUUUUUUUUUUAAAUACCAGGAAAGGAAGGGCCAGGGGACGAGGCAGGCACUGGGGUCUGGGGGGGGGCACAGACCCCUGAGGUAGAGGCUCCCCACCCAGCCUGACGAGCCGGCUGCCCCUUCCCCCACCCCCCCUUUUUUUUUAAUUUUAUAAUUGGAGCCCUUGGUGAGGUUACGUGUGCCAUGAGAACCCACUCUACACCACGACGCUGGUGCCUCAGUGUUGGCCAAACUCUGGAGUCACUGACUGGUUUGACUUUCAUACGGUGAAUAUGCAUUUGGUCUGUACUGAUCAUGGAAUAAACACAUCUCUCUUUUUUAA